AUGAGGUCCUCAACCCAUGUCGCCAUCUUCCUCGCCGCGGCUCUCAUGGCUCUAGCCGUGGCCUCCGUGCAGGGGCAGCGGGGGUCUGUCCGUGAUACCCCGCCGCCAUCUUCACAGCGGGCUCCGGCGGCGGCAAUGGCGCGGGCUCCGGCUGCCGCCAUGGCGCGGGCUCCGGCUCCCGCAGCGGCCAUGGCGCGGGCUCCGGCUGCGGCCUUUACGCCGUCUCCGGCUGCGGGCAUGGCGCGGCCUCCGGCUGCGGCCAUGGCGCGGGCUCCGGCUGCGGCCUUGGCGCCGGCUCCGGCUGCCGCCAUGGCGCCGCCGCCACCACCACAGCCGAUGCGCCCUUGCCCGUCGGACGCUGGUGAGUUCGGAGCCUGCGUCAACCUGGGGAUUGGCCGCGACAGGAUGAACCCGGCGGACAGGGACCGGUGCUGCGGGCAGAUCCGCGGGAUGCCGAGCAACCAAGCUGCUGGCUGCCUCUGUGAGGCCGCGUUGGGCGUGCGCUUCGACGCCUUCAACGUCAACGCUGUCUUGGGCGUCUGCGGCAUGGCUCGCGUCCCCGGCAUCGUCGGCGUAUGCUAA